CUUUGAUUUUCAAUACACGGUGUUUAGUUAAACCGUUACCACGAAAAAUAAUGCUACACUCACCACUUUUGACAUUUCGUAUUUUUGUCUUUUUUGAUAAUUCUGUACAUGACAACAGUCGACAAAUUGCAACGCCUUCGAUUGUGAAGUUAACACUUAGACUCGCAUUCGGUCAGUUAGUAAGAAGAUAAAAGUGUGGAGUGAUUGUCAGUGAGUAUAAAAAUGGAAGCAUUUGAAACCGGACAUCACAGAACAGAAACGGAAACCACCAUGGCCACCGAUGCAGUUGAUUCAGAAACCAGAUCAGUGCAAGCUAUGUUGGUUGACUGGGUGAUGUCUUUGGCUCUGAGUGAAGAAAUGCUAGGAAAGAGUGAAGAAAUGCCAGAAAAGAGUGAAGAAAUGUUAGAAAAGAGUGAAGAAAUGCCAGUAAAUAGUGAAGAAAUGUUAGAAAAUUGGAAGUCGUACAUUGACACCACCAUCAUAUACGAGUCAUGUUCGAGCCACUAUCAGCCAUUGACAUCUUUAAGCCAUAAAGAUGGUGAUGCUGAAAUCAGUGAUGUUGUAUCGUGUAUUCGAGAUGGGAAAUGUCAUUGUGAGGAAGAAAACAAGUUGCAGAUCAAGUUCAGACUGAUUCAUCUAACCUGCAUUCACAAAGAUCUCUUGUCAGUGCUGAAGAUGCUGGUCUGCAGGGGCUGUGACCUUGAAAUCAGCAGCAGCUUCGAAGGGAAAAAUCCUCUCCAGCUUGCUGUUAAGUACUGCAACGAAGGCGCUGUGAAAACCCUUCUGGAGAACGGCGCAAAUACAAAUGUUUCAGAUGAUCAAAAUGACGGUUCUGUAACACCAAUUUGGUACGCAGUGGUACAUGAUUUUGAGGCUAUAGUACAACUGCUGUUAAAACAACCUCUGUUGAAUUUGAACUUGAAGAACAAAAGAGGCUAUCCUCUUCUCCACUGGUGUUUAAGAUCGUAUGAGUCACGAUAUUUAGAUGUUUUGCUGAGUGCUGGUGCAGAUCCGAAUGUCACAGACAGUAACAUGAACUCUGCGGUGAUGAUAGCUGUGUCCUCUCAUAAAGUGGACGUUAUAAAAUUGUUGAUUAGGUACGGGGCUGAUGUGAAUAAAAAGAAUAGACGCAAUGAAACACCAUUGCUAGUUGCAGUCUACGGAGGACAAACAGAUAUAAUGGAACUAUUUCUGGAUGCUGGGGCAGACCCAAAUUGUAUCAGCCGAGAGACGCCAUUGUUCAUGGCUAGCUUUGAAGGAGAUCUGCAGUCGGUGAGAAUGUUGAUCAAGUACCAUGCCAAUGUAAGACUAACUAAUGACCUCAAGUACAGUCCUCUGCAUGUGGCGGCAUGGAACGGACAUUGCGAAAUCGUGGAAGAGUUGCUAAAAGCGGGAGCACCACACGACGAACAGACGAGCGAUCUGAACACGCCUCUCGGCUUGGCGGCCCAUGGGCGUCACCUGAGUGUGGUGAAGAAGUUACUGCCGUUGGGUUGCCGCGUGAACGUUGAGGAUAAGGACCGCGACACACCUCUGUUGUAUGCCGCGUAUAAUGGAAUGACAUUGACUUGCAAGCUUCUGGUAGAACUCGGAGCGAAUCCAAACUGUUCCAAUCGUAUCAAUGCCACGCCGUUGUGGAAUGCGGUGUACAUGGGGCAUAAGGAGACGGUGAAGUAUCUGCUGAAGACAAACGUUCAAAUGGAGGUCAGCUCGGUGGGUAUUAACCAGCAUCAUCACAGCGAUGAUGUGCUGUUGAUAUAUGACCAGCCAAGAUCCCCACUGUGGGUGGCUGUUGAACGUGGCCACACAGAUAUCGUGUUAUUGUUGCUAACUGCAGGUUACAAUGUCUAUCAAGAAUCUUGGCUCUUUGACGGGGAAUUUCCUGGGGAACAGAUUGACAAUAGUCUGCGAGACAUGCUUUGUGACUACGUUCACAAUGUUCCUAAACUUAUAUCCCUUUGUCGUAAUUUUUUACGCAAACGUUGUGGACAAAACAUUGAGGAAGAUGUUGAUAAGCUUUACAUUCCAAACACUUUGAAAAGCUACUUGAAACUUUCAUAUCUUGGAUAUUCAACUGACGAGAAUUCAGAAAAUAGUGAAUUGACGAGGGAAUAGCCAUUUAUAAAUAACAUGAACGUCACAAAUUAUUGAAGUAAAGCAAUAUUAUGUGUUUUUCUGCAAUUCAAGUAAAAGGUAUUGUAAUACAACUUUAAAUCAUAGUUUCAAUCAUUGAAACACCACAACCCUUGUGUUUGUGACAAGCGCUGGACUGAAAUGAAACAUUUACAACUUUGUUUUCAAAAUAGGUUUACAAUCAUCAAGCUCUAGGGUUGCGCUGGCUUUGGUGGUAUUUUUAUGCCCCCGGAUCGAAAGAUCGGGGGUAUAUUGUUUUUGACCUGUCUGUCAUUGUAUGUGUGUGUGUUUCCCAGAACUUUAACCAAAACUUUAACCUUCUUCAUAACUUUUGCAAUAUUCAAGAUAGCAACUUGAUAUUUGGCAUGCAUGUGUAUCUCAUGGAGCUGCACAUUUUGAGUGGUGAAAGGUCAAGGUCAUCCUUCAAGGUCAAAGGUCAAAAAAACAAAUUCAAAAACUUUAACCAAAACUUUAACCUUCUUCAUAACUUUUGCAAUAUUGAAGAUAGCAAUUAGAUAUUUGGCAUGCAUGUGUAUCUCAUGGAGCUGCAAAUUUUGAGUGGUGAAAGGUCUAGGUCAUCCUUCAAGGUUAAAGAUCAAAUUUAUGGCUUCAAAGCGGCGCAAUAGGGGGCAUUGUGUUUCUGACAAACACAUCUCUUGUUCAUUAUUUUCUUCUUUGCUGGAGUCUGUGAUAAACAUUUUGAAAACGGAUUUGUUUAAAUUAUGAUUUUCUUGCAUGCUGUGUAUUUUUUGUUCUAAGUGGAAGGAUAUGUCAAUUAAAUUUUGAAAUUUUUUACACAUUUUUAAGGGGCCUUUUCACACAUUUUGGCAUGUAUUGAAGUUUGUCUUCAAAUGCUCUAUAUUGAUAAAUGUAAACAUUGGAUCAAAACAGCUCGAUAAAAAAAAAACAAGAAUACAACUUAAGAAAGAAAAGCAAUAUCCAUCAACUGGGCUCGAACCACUGACCCCUGGAGUAAAAGUCUAUUGCUAAGACCAUUCAAGCUCACACAAUGAGUGAUGGAUUUUAUACUAUAUAUAAGCAAUACUCGUAUUAUCACAAAAUUUAAUGACAACAGCAGAACUCUCCAAUUAAUUGAAUCUUUUCACACUGCAAAGCCUAUCAUUUCAGGUUUUUAAAUCGUCAAAAGAUGCAUAUAAUGGAUAAUAUAGAGCAUGGCAAAUGUUCAGUAUUACUGUUUUCUCACAAAUAUCAUAACUGAAACAAAAUUUGCGAAUCUGAAUUAUUAUAAUUUUUUUGUCAAUUUACCAAAACGUGAAAAGGCACCUUAAAUUGAAUUUCAGCGUUAAUAACAUUGCAAACUCAGAUACAAAAUUUGAUUAAAUUUGAUUAAGCUUAAUUAAUUAUGCACCAGCUUUCACCAAAAUAUUGUAUUGUAUGUACAAAAUAUCAGUCAUUAACAUUAGCUAUGUGUGUAUUGUGCUGGCAGAUUAUCAUGAAGUCAUGACUAAUUUAGUUAAAUAAGGAAAAUGUAUAUUUAGUUUAAUUGCCUGUACCCGUAGUCAAAUUCAAUGUGAGUUGAAUGGAAUUUCCUUUUCCAGUUCAAUAUAAUAUACCAGUAUAUGUUCCACUAUGCUUUCUUUAUAUAUUUAUAUUUUUUAUUUAUUUUUAUCUUAUAUUUUUAUAUUAUGAUUUAACGAUGUGAACACUUAUUAUGUUACUGUUUAAAUGUGUUUGCCAAAAGUAAACAUUUCACAGUUAAAAACACAUUUAAAAAAAUAAAGUGAUUAUUAUAGUUUAAGUAUUGCUUACAAAAUUACAAAAACACUUGUUAAUUAUAAAAAGAAAUAUAUUGAAUAAUGCAUGAGAUUGAUUAAGAUGUGGGCAUAUUUUGUAUUUUGUUUCAGUGCUAGAACUGAAUUUUGAAGGCCUUUGCAAACAGUUUGGAUCCAGAUGGCGUCUCAGCAGGAUCCAAACUGUUUGCUAUUCUGAUAGUAUUCUUUAAAAAAUUUUUGAAGAGAAUGAUAAUUUUUGAAAUUCAGCAGACGACAUUUUAGCAGACGACAAAUUUCCCAGCAUGUAAAGGGUUAAACAGUUAAAAAGAUGAUUUGUUUACGUGAAAUAGAGGAUCCUGUAUACUUGUGAUACAUUAUAUAGUGCUUUAAACUAA